CGCUAUCGUCCCUCGAUGUCGACGCAGGAGUCGGCCGAUUUGGAAUCGAACGAGGAGCGUGUAGAGCAGAUCGUUGUGGGCGCGCUGUGCUGCGUGCGUAGUCGCCUCGUCCAGCUCGCGUGUGUGGGGCUGCCCAGUGGAUUGUGCUUGUGUAUCUACUUGUUUAGUCCAUCCCCUCGUCCCAACGCUGCCUUGAUUGUUGGUCUCGUGCCCGUGGGACUGUUUGCACUUGUGCUACUGUGCCUGCCAGGCUUGGUGUUUUGCAGUCAAGUCAACACCGACCACAACGACGCCCACCGAGCCCAUCGAGUGCUCAAAGCGAAGAACAUGGCGUAUCACGCGGCUGGUCAAGUCGCGUGUGACGCCGCCACCGACACCACCGGCGACACCCGACCGCCGAAUCCGUUUGCGCUGACCAUCGAAGCCGCCAAGACUAAUAGCGUGGAAUCCAUGGCGUGGAGCCUCGGCCAAGGCCAAAGCCCCGACGAAACCGACCAUCUGGGCCGGACGCCGUUGCAUUGGGCGUGUUGCACCGGCAGCGACGACGUGGCCGAGAUGUUGAUCAAAGCGGGCGCGGCCAUGGAUUUACACGAUCGACUGGAAGGGUUCACGCCGUUGCAUUACGCGGCCUUCUACGGCCACAUCAAGUUGACCAGACUCAUGGUGACCAAUGGAGCCAACAUGGAAAUCGCAUGCAAUGUAUGAAACACAUGAAUCCGCUGCAGUUGGCGGAAAUGGCCAGUUUGAAAGUGCACACGGUGCAGCCGUCCCAUCCGCUCAUUAUCAAAUACCUUCGAACGGCGAUGGGAGACCGCGCGACGCCGCCGCUCGAACACACUUGUGGACUGACAGUGGCGCGCCUGCUGGAUCGACAUGGAAGCAUUGGGGGCAACCCUCCUCAUAUAUCAUAGGGGUAAUCUGAAAUAGAAGCAAAACAACAGCCAUAUUCAGUGGACACUCGUUGCGGUUAAUGGAAUGUAUGAUGCGCGGCGGCUAAAGCACGUCGUCGUUGACGAGGAGUUCGUAGUCGUAGAUGCCGAUGGGGAUGUGUUGGGUGUCGGUUUGCACGGUGGACACGAUCUGCAGCAUGCCAUGACGCAGUUGACUCUCGAGCUGCAUGUGGUACUCGUCGGGGUUCGCACUCGGAUGGACAAGGACGCGGAUGGGCAAUGUCCACUUCUCCCACACCACUUUUUCUUCGUUCUGAACUAACCCGAACAACGCCUUGUUAACGCGCGUUUCAAAGAACAUCACCGUGAUGCGAUGCCCGCCCCCGCUGUGAUGGCGAGUCAUGUGUCGUUGAAACUGGACGAUCGCUGCGUCUACCUUGCGCGUAACCUCGGCCACGGGGCAGUACGCGUACGUGAUAGGUCGAAACCUGCAGUGAGCCUCGGCGGGACGCACCGGCCCCGGCGCACGUGUAAACAGGAUCGUGUGCAGCAGACACGCGACGCACUCGGCUAGUUCCGACACUCCCACGCGCAGCUCUUCCAACUCGUGCGUCACACCCGUCGACGAGGUCGCAUUCGCCAACUUGCCAGGAUACGCCAUUUUACG